UCCUCCCCAUCUCUCGUGUCCCCGCCCCGUCUUCUCAUGGACUCUGAGAGUCUGAGUGACAGCCGAGUCUCUUCCCCCUUUCCUGCAUCUCCGUCCAGUCUCCUCCCCUCUGACCGGAGCUGGUGGCGGGACGCGGGAGUGACGGUGACCGGCAGUGAGGAAACACAAUCUAUACAAAACAAAGAAGGAAAAGGCCAGAAAAGUGCACAACAGCUGUUGAUGACAGGAGAAUAAAACAAAUUUGCGUCGGUGACAGAUGGAUGUCAUCUGCGGCCAUUAGCAGUGAACUGAGUGCAACUGGUGUUUUUGUCAGUGCAAGAACACUACGGAGAAGACUAACGGGGGUUGGCCUAAAAGGUAGGAUUCCCCGAAAAAAAGCCAUUCCUGAAUAAAAAGCAGCGGCAGAAACGAAUACAGUGGGCAAAAGAACACAUUACGUGGACAGAAGGUGAAUUGUGGAAGGGGCGUUGUUCUCUGAUCAAGCCAACUAAGGACGUAAUUUCGUCUUACGCCUCUGGAGGGUUCACAAAAGCCAUAUUUAUUUAGAGUAUAGGAGGAACCUGUAACUAAGUUGUUACUCUUCAAAGAAAUGAAGCACAAAAGAGAGAAAACACUUCAGUGCUCAGAGUGUGACUUACGCUUUGCAGCUAAAAUACAUCUUCUCAUACAUCAGAGGAUUCAUACAGGAGAGAAACCAUAUCUGUGCUCAGAGUGUGACAAAACCUUCACACGUAAAUCACAGCUUGUCAUCCAUCAGAGGAAUCACACAGGAGAGCACCCAUUUAAAUGUUCUGAGUGUAGCAAGAGUUUUUCCCGGAAAUUUACUCUUAUUAGUCACCAGAUGAUUCACACAGGAGAGAAACCAUUUAAAUGCUCUGAAUGCAGCAAGUGCUUCAACAGAAAGGAUCAACUUAUUAUACAUCAGAUGAGUCACACAGGAGAGAAACCAUUUAAAUGCACUGAAUGCAGCAAGUGUUAUACCAAAAAGAAACCACUUGUUAUACAUCUGACGAAACACACAGGAGAGAAACCUUAUAAAUGUUCUGAAUGCAGCAAAUGUUUUUCCCAGAAGUCACAUCUUGAUAGUCAUCAUAGGUGUCACACAGGAGAGAGACCAUUUAAAUGCACUGAAUGCAACAAGUGUUAUACCGAGAAGCAACAACUUGUUAGUCAUCAGAGGACACACACAGGAGAGAAACCAUUUAUAUGCCCUGAAUGCAGAAAGUGUUUUUCCCAGAAGUCACAGCUUGACAGACAUCAGAUGAUUCACACAGGAGAGAAACCAUUUAUAUGCUCUGAAUGCAGCAAGUGUUUUUCCCAGAAGGCACAGCUUGUUAGUCAUCAGAGAAGUCACACAGGAGAAAGACCAUAUAAAUGUUCAGAAUGCAGCAAGUGUUUUUCAGAGAGGUCAAAUCUUGUUAGACAUCAAAGGGGUCACACAGGAGAGAAGCCUUUUAAAUGUUUUGUGUGUAGAAAGUAUUAUACCAAUCGCUCAAAUUUAGUUAGACAUCAGUUGAUACACAGGAAAAAGAAGCAUUAACAUGUUCUGAGCGUAUGUAGUAUUUUACUUAGAAGAGAACACAUUACUCACGUGAGGAGUCGCUGAGGCUUUGAAUAUGGCCCGUGUUUCACAAGUUAACUUGUUUCAUGACAAUGGGCCUGAUUCUGCAAUGGGAGUAUAGCAUGAGAAAGCAGGUAACUUUGCACUUGGACAAACCAUGUUGCAAUGCAAGGGGUGCAAAUACAUUUAUUUUUGCCAAGUUGAAAAGUUACUUUUUCAAUUAUUUUUGCUGUACUCUAUACUCUGAAUUGUCCCCAUUAUGUUUCGUAGAAAGGUAAUUUUAAUUUUCUUACUAUUACAAGUGUUUUGUAGAAGCUCAUACCCUUUAUUAAAGUCAGGAGAGGAAUGCCAACAUGAAUUUUGGGCAUUUUCCUUUUGGGAAUGUCCUUCUGUUAGGAACUGUUAGUGCUGCCAUUACUGAGCUCUGUAAGAUACAGCUGUAGUACUCGUGCAGAUACUGGGACUAGUAGAGUCCAGUAGAAAGUUUCAGCAGCUGCUAUCCGUACUGGUACUCUCUCUAUGACUGGCAGAGAUACAGGUUUAAGUACUGGAUAUUUUUAGAGGAACAUUGUAUGCUGCUCCCAUUCACCGUACAGGUUAUGGAGCUAAUUCAGGUUGGAUCGCAAAUCCGGCAAUCCUAGGCGGAGACAGAGCAUUGCGGGGGUGUUGCCUGUAAACGGGGGGUAUGACAGCGCGUGAUCACGGUGGCUGAGUGACGUCACGCAGCCACCAUGAUCAAAAAUAUUGCGGCAGGCCUCCUGUGGGCGCAGGCAAGAGGCAUCCAUAAUUUCUGCAAUGAAGCAGAAAUUGCGAGGUGAUUGCAAUUUCUGCUGCAUCAAAGGGGGUGGAGGCGGCAGGUCACAUGCUGGGCGGCCUUUCCCUGUGAUGGCCAGCCCCAGCAAGUGAUCCUUGUUGAAUCGGGCCCUAUUUUAGCUAAACAUCAAAUUUUCAAAGCCAUGGAUUCUCUGUGUCUGAGCGCUUGAUAUUAAAGGGCAGUAGUAAUACACAAAAUCAGACUAUUAAGGCUAUUGCCCUUUUAAAUGCAGAACUCAAGGUAUUGUGAAUCAGUAACUUUGACUAAAAUAACCUUUAGUCAAAAUACCCCUUCAUCUUUAUCUUUUCACUUUUACACCUACUUAUUCUUUUCCUAAUAUCUAUAUAUUCUAUCAUGAGUAAUAUAUGCUCUAGUAAAAUGGUGGAAGUAAAACCCUGAUUGUCUGUAUACUAUAGCAACCAGUAAAAUUAUAGCAUUUGCUAGCAGUAGAUUGCUACUAGCUGAUAUCAGGUUACUAUGUGUUACAGCAUAUUGUUGAUUUUAACUCCAUGUUAUGAAAUAAGCCCAAGGAGGGCACAUUGUUUACCAAGCCCAUAUAUCACUUGUUGCAAUCAUGAGUUAAAGAAGCAAUUUACCAGAGAUGGAAAAAGGGAUGCUUAUCGGCUUUCGGGCAAUAGGUGGCAGUCCUAAGCUUUCCCGGCAGAGUGAAAGCUGACCGACCUCCUACUGAGCUUGUGGCACCUGUUUUGCCUCUGCAUGAUCGCUUUCAAGUGCUCGUAGGACUGUUUUGUGGUCUCACUGUCUGGAUAUCUCACCUGGUGUCAGGCAGUGCAGUUUCUUUCAACUGCAGUGAGAUUGUGUGAGGAGGUCGGAAUGGGAGGAUUCUGACUCUUUGCUGCAGACCGAGGGGGUGUCCAGGGCUUCUUGGAACAGAUAAGAGCUCUUUUGCACCUGUGCAGCUUUCUGUGACCUGGUGGAUGGCAGCUGGCUGGAUCCUGUUGCUGGGCUGGUAUCUGUCCUACCUACUCCUCUUGAUGGAGCAGGCCACGGGGCAACGAAGUCCUGGAGUCUUUCACUUCCCUUUUUACCUCCACUCCGUGUAUGUGGUCCCUUCCCUAUCUAAACAUUCACUCCUUACCCUGUCUCUUACCCAACCGGUUCUUCUCUACACCCCUCCUUUCUAUUGAGAUAGCCUGGGACAUUUGGCUGUAGACUACUGCGCUUUAGCGCAUAGCUGUACCUCUCACAAGGCCCAGCUCCUGUAACCGCUGUAUUAGGUAAUUUGCUUUCACUAUACCCACCCAAGUUUUAUUUUAUAUGUACUAAAAUGUACUGGUGACUUUCACUUCGUCUUUUCAGGGUUGUUAAUACUUAACGGGCAUGGACAAAUACAUUAUCAAAGCCAUGACUCCUAAACCUCCCAGUUAUUUCAAUAAAGCAUUAAAAGCAAAAGCUUCCUCCAAAAACGCUGCACCACACUCUCCAAUAUUCUCUGAUAUUUUUCAGGACUUUUCUGCUAUGGUAACUCAGAAAUGCAAACAAUUCUCUGAUAUUUGUACAUUCCUGCAUAACAAGAAUAUCAGAUUUGCCUUGCUCUACCCAGCAAAACAGGGUGGUGGAUAGUGAUACUCUGUUGUUUUUCACGGACCUUUCAGUGGUAAAAACAUAUUUUAUGUCCCAUAUGUCACCACUACGAUCCCAAGAAAAACUUUUAUUUCUUAGAUCUAUUAUUAGAAAGAAUGGGGAUUAAUUCUCCUGAGUGGGUUAGAACUGGUAAUGUUCACAGAAGGUUGCACUUCCACGAUGUAAUAGUUUUGUUCAAUUCAUAUUGAUUUAUGUUCUGUGUGUGCACCUCUAAACCUAGAUGGUGCCCACCACUGUUCUGGUUUUUCAAGAAACUUUUUAAAAAUGGUGUUGAGUUAUUCGCAAAAAUGGUUGCAAUAUAUUUCACUAUUCACCUGUACGUUUACUGUGUCUUUAUUUAAAACUGCUAAUGCAGUUUGGGGCUGGAGGGAGGACGCUGACCUUUUCUCUGAAACCUUUGAGUUAUUAUUGUCAUGUUUGUUCUGCCCUUGGUCGGGGUGUGAGUAGCCAUGCUGUCUUCAAUUUCAGCCCCAAUUUAUUCCCCCGUCCUAAUCCUCUACAAAUAAUAUCAUGGAAUGUUGGUGGAUUGAAUACGCCUAUUUAAGGAGAGUCACAACCCUCUUACAUUUAACGAUUCAUCUCGGAUAUAGGGCUGUAUGUAAUAGGGUCCGAGUUUACCAGUUACAUCACAAUGAAAGAAGUGUACACAAGGGGUGCACUAUUUUAAAAUACUAGGUUAAAAUACUAAUCAAUAUAGAGCUGGCCAGCAAAAUAUUAUAUUAUAGAAAACAUUGUGAAAAAGUGAAUAAUACUUUUUCCAGAAACUCUUUAUUUGUCAUCUAUUCCAUCAUAUAAGCAUUUCAAUAAUGUACAAUCUGUCCGAUACAUAAAUGGAACAUAUGAGAAUUAGUGUUCCAAUGACAUACAUCUAAAUGUCAAAAGAUAAAAUAUUACAUAUCGCCAUUGAUGAAUGUUGAAAUCCAUGCUGUAUAAAAAAAAUCAGUCAUGUCUUACUCCCAUCAAGGUAUGAGGUCACAUUUAUAUUCCCUUACAGGUCUUUGGUAGUUUUAUGUCUCUAUUUAUUGGGGGUUCCUGCACAGUACAAUUGGGACACCAUAUGAUUAGCAGGUAUUAAAUAUGCGAUUGGUAAACGCAUUCCAUUUCAAUAAAUAUAUAAACAUAUAGAGAUUAAUUAGGUAUUAAAUACUAUAUGAUACCUUACCUGUGCAAUGGAAGUCCCCUUGCAUGGCUCUCUCCGACGUAUUGACUGUUGACCUAUCAUCCGGAUACCAAAUAAUAGGAUUUGGUAUCCGGAUGAUAAGUCAACAGUCAAUAGGUCGAAGAGAGCCAUUCAAGGGGACGUGGUGCACUAAUUGUGGUUUCCAAUCAUUUAAGUAAACAACCAAAAAACCCUCUUGUUGACCUUUUCCGUGUAGACCCUUUUCCCAUGUUGACAUUUUAAGGUCGACCUAGACACUGUACAUUUUACAGGUUGACCCAAUUAUCCUCACCCAUAGGAUUCAACAUAAUAAUCUUUAUUCUUGUAUUGGCGUUAUAUAAAUUAGUGUUCAGACAUUAUUUUGAUUCAUAUUUUACUCUUCCAAUACUUAUUCACUUGAAUCUGUCUAAAUCAGAGGUCCUCAAACUUGGUCCUCGGGGGCCCACACAGUGCAUGUUUUGCAGGUCUCACAGAAUCACAAGUGAAAUAAUUAGCUCCACCUGUGGACCUUUUAAAAUGUGUCAGUGAGUAAUUAAUUCACCUGUGCACCUGCUGGGUUACCUGCAAAACAUGCACCGUGUGGGCCCCCGAGGACUGAGUUUGAGGACCUCUGGUCUAAAUAGUUAUCAGUAAAAUAGCUAGCUCUCUGCCAAAUGAAACCUAUAAAUAUUACUCAGUCUGAACUUGACAUCAGGAUGUACAUUGUAUUCAACUAUCUACAGAAAUUAAUACAAUUCAAAUCAGAAUUAAACACUGAUCUUAAAGUGUAAUGUGUUUCCUGAUUAAUAUCCUUAUUUGUAAUCAAUAUUGACAUGCAUCCUGCCAUUUAUAUCACGUGAGCAGAUUGAUACUGUCUAUUAAAUAAAGGUAUUUAUUUCAGCCUGUUA